AUGGCAUCGGCCUACGAGGUUGGCACAAGAGCCUGGCAGCCAGACACUGCUGAGGGUUGGGUUGCUUCAGAGCUUAUCAACAAGACCGUUGAUGGGUCCAAAGUCAAGCUAACCUUCCAGCUUGAGAAUGGCGACACCAAAGAUAUCGAGGUCACCGCGGAGGCCCUACAGAGCGGUAACGACCCGUCUCUACCCCCUCUGAUGAACCCGACAAUGCUCGAAGCCAGCGACGAUCUUACAAAUUUGUCCCAUCUUAACGAACCUGCUGUUCUUCAGGCAAUUCGUUUACGAUACUUGCAAAAGGAGAUCUACACCUACAGUGGUAUCGUCCUCAUUGCCACCAACCCUUUCGCACGAGUCGAUUCGCUCUACGUUCCCGGCAUGGUACAGGUUUAUGCUGGAAGACAGCGAGCGACACAAGCUCCCCACUUGUUCGCUAUUGCUGAAGAGGCCUUCAUGGACAUGGUUCGCGACAAGAAGAACCAGACAGUAGUUGUCUCCGGAGAGUCUGGUGCUGGCAAGACUGUCAGUGCCAAGUACAUCAUGCGAUACUUCGCUACCAGAGAGUCGCCCGACAACCCUGGUGGACGCUCCAAACGAGGAGCCGAGUCCAUGAGUGAGACGGAAGAGCAGAUCCUUGCGACUAACCCUAUCAUGGAAGCGUUCGGUAACGCCAAGACGACUCGAAACGAUAACUCGUCACGAUUCGGAAAGUACAUUGAGAUUAUGUUUGACGAGCACACAAAUAUUAUCGGUGCGAAGAUCAGGACAUACCUUCUCGAGCGUUCUCGGUUGGUUUUCCAGCCCCUCAAGGAGCGAAACUACCACAUUUUCUACCAGCUUGUCGCUGGUGCGUCAGAGCAACAGCGCGAGGAGCUUAACCUGCUACCUAUCGAGGAGUUCGAGUACCUGAACCAAGGGAAUUGCCCAACAAUCGACGGUGUGGAUGACAAGGCCGAGUUCGAAGCUACCAAGAAGUCACUGUCAACAAUUGGUGUUACAGAUGCCCAGCAGUCCGACAUCUUCAAGCUGUUGGCUGGUCUUUUGCACCUCGGAAACGUGAAGAUCACUGCAUCGCGCAAUGACAGUGUUUUGGCCCCCAACGAACCUUCUUUGGAGCGUGCCUGUGCCAUUCUCGGGGUCAAGGCCGAGGAGUUUGCCCGAUGGAUCGUCAAGAAGCAGCUCGUUACCCGUGGCGAGAAGAUCACCUCCAAUCUCAGCCAAGCGCAAGCCAUCGUUGUACGAGACUCCGUUGCCAAGUUUAUCUACUCAAGCUUGUUCGACUGGCUUGUCGAUAUCAUCAACCAUAGUUUGGCUGCUGAGGAAGUGUUGAACAGAGUCGUCUCAUUUAUUGGUGUUUUGGAUAUUUAUGGUUUCGAGCAUUUCGCCAAGAACUCUUUCGAACAGUUCUGUAUUAACUAUGCCAACGAAAAGCUCCAGCAGGAAUUCAACCAGCACGUCUUCAAGCUGGAGCAGGAGGAAUACCUCAGGGAAGAGAUUGACUGGACCUUCAUCGACUUCUCUGACAAUCAGCCUUGUAUCGACCUGAUUGAGGGUCGCAUGGGUAUUCUGUCUCUGCUUGACGAAGAGUCUCGUCUUCCCAUGGGAUCUGAUGAGCAGUUUGUUACUAAGCUUCACCACAACUUUACUCCCGACAAGCACAAGUUCUACAAGAAGCCUCGAUUCGGAAAGUCUGCUUUCACCGUUUGCCAUUAUGCCAUCGACGUUACCUACGAAUCUGAGGGCUUCAUUGAGAAGAACCGAGAUACCGUCCCUGACGAGCACAUGGCUGUUCUGCGUGCCACAAGCAAUGAGUUCUUGAAGACUGUUCUGGAUGCUGCCUCAGCCGUACGAGAAAAGGAUGCCGCCUCAUCAAGUUCCAGCUCCGUUAAGCCCGCCGCUGGUAGGAAGAUCGGCGUGGCUGUUAACAGAAAGCCCACUUUGGGAGGUAUUUUCCGAUCUUCGCUCAUCGAGCUUAUGAGCACUAUCAACAAUACUGAUGUCCACUACAUCCGAUGUAUCAAGCCUAAUGAGGCCAAGGAGGCAUGGAAGUUUGAGGGACCCAUGGUUCUUAGCCAGCUUCGUGCUUGUGGUGUCCUCGAGACGGUUCGCAUUAGUUGUGCUGGUUACCCUACUCGUUGGACAUACGAGGAGUUUGCCCUUCGUUACUACAUGCUUGUGAAGUCUGAUCAGUGGACUUCGGAAAUCCGCGAGAUGGCCGAUGCUAUCCUUAAGAAGGCUCUCGGAACAAGUAGCAGCAAGGGUAUGGACAAGUAUCAGCUUGGUCUCACCAAGAUUUUCUUCCGAGCUGGUAUGCUUGCUUUCCUGGAGAACCUCCGCACCACUCGACUCAAUGACUGCGCUAUCAUGAUUCAGAAGAACUUGAGAGCCAAAUAUUACCGACGACGCUAUCUUGACGCCCGUGAGGCCAUUGUUAUGACUCAGUCUGCUAUCAGGUCAUGGAAGGCCAGGAAACAGGCCCAGGAGCUUCGCACUAUCAGGGCUGCCACUACCAUCCAGCGAGUCUGGAAGGGAUCUAAGCAACGCAAAGCCUAUCAACAAAUCCGGCAAGACAUGGUUCUCUUCGAGUCUGCCGCCAAGGGAUAUCUCCGACGAAAGAACAUUAUGGAGGAGCGUCUCGGCAAUGCUGCUCUCAAGAUCCAGCGUUCUUGGAGAUCACGACGACAAUUGCGAGCUUGGAGACAAUACCGCAACAAGGUUGUCCUCAUCCAGAGCUUGUGGCGCGGAAGAAGUGCUCGAAAGGACUAUAAGAAGAUUCGUGAGGAGGCUCGUGACUUGAAGCAGAUUUCUUACAAGCUCGAAAACAAGGUCGUCGAGUUGACGCAGUCUUUGGGCUCAAUGAAGGAGAAGAACAAGGGUCUGGCCUCGCAAGUGGAAAACUACGAAGGACAGAUCAAAUCGUGGAAGAAGCGACACAACGACCUCGAGGCCCGAACCAAGGAGCUUCAGACAGAAGCCAACCAGGCAGGUAUCGCGGUCGCCCGCCUACAAGCUAUGGAAGACGAGAUGAAGAAGCUUCAGAUUGCCUUCGACGAGUCAACGGCCAACAUCAAGAGGAUGCAAGAGGAGGAGAGAGAACUCAGGGAAUCUUUGCGAGCCACAAAUUCAGAGUUGGAGACGGCCAGAAGGUCAAGCACGCAACACGAGAAGGACAACAUGAGUCUCAGACAGGAGCUGGAGUCUCUGCGGGAUGCCCUCGAGCUGGCUCGAAGGAAUGCCCCCAUCAACGGAGAGCUUGCAAACGGUACCACGCCCGCAGCCGCAGCACCUUCAGGUCUCAUCAACCUCGUCUCGUCCAAGAAGCCUAAGCGUCGGAGUGCCGGUGCGGAGCCACGGGAGCUUGAUCGCUUUAGCGGUACUUAUAACCCUCGGCCGGUUUCCAUGGCUGUUACUGGCACGGCGCAUCGUCAGAACCUUUCUGGCUCGACCUUCCUACCUGGCGUUGAUAAUAUCGAGAUGGAACUUGAGACGCUUCUCGCGGACGAGGAUGGCCUCAAUGAGGAGGUAACAAUGGGAUUGAUCCGAAACCUCAAGAUCCCUUCGCCCAGCAGCACUCCUCCUCCUUCGGACAAGGAGGUGCUCUUCCCUUCAUAUCUCAUCAACUUGGUUACAUCAGAGAUGUGGAACAACGGUUUUGUGAAGGAGUCGGAACGGUUCUUGGCCAACGUGAUGCAGUCCAUCCAACAGGAGGUGAUGCAGCACGACGGCGACGAGGCCAUCAACCCCGGCGCCUUCUGGCUGUCCAACGUGCACGAGAUGUUGUCGUUUGUAUUCCUCGCCGAGGACUGGUAUGAGGCUCAGAAGUCGGACAAUUAUGAGUACGAUCGUCUUCUGGAGAUCGUCAAGCACGAUCUCGAGAGCUUGGAGUUUAACAUCUACCACACUUGGAUGAAGGUGUUGAAGAAGAAGUUGCAUAAGAUGAUUAUUCCCGCCAUCAUCGAGUCCCAGUCUCUCCCUGGUUUUGUUACCAACGAAAGCAGUCGAUUCUUGGGCAAGCUCCUGCAAUCGAACUCAACCCCCGCUUACAGCAUGGACAACCUGCUCAGCUUGCUGAACAGCGUCUUCCGUGCUAUGAAGGCUUACUACCUGGAGGACUCCAUUAUUACACAGACCAUCACAGAGCUUCUGCGGUUGGUGGGUGUGACAGCGUUCAAUGACCUGCUCAUGCGACGAAACUUCCUCUCAUGGAAGCGUGGUCUCCAGAUCAACUACAACAUCACCCGUAUCGAGGAGUGGUGCAAGAGCCACGACAUGCCCGAGGGUACGCUCCAGCUGGAGCAUCUGAUGCAAGCAACCAAGCUUCUUCAACUCAAGAAGGCCACCCUGAAUGACAUAGAAAUCAUUCAGGACAUCUGCUGGAUGCUAUCACCAAACCAGAUCCAGAAGCUGCUCAACCAAUACUUGGUUGCCGAUUAUGAGCAGCCUAUCAAUGGCGAGAUCAUGAAGGCUGUUGCCUCACGCGUGACGGAGAAGAGCGAUGUUCUUCUCCUGCAAGCUGUCGAUAUGGACGACAGUGGUCCUUAUGAAAUUGCCGAGCCUCGAGUCAUCACUGCACUUGAGACUUAUACCCCUUCUUGGCUCCAGACUCCUCGUCUCAAGAGGCUAGCCGAGAUCGUGUCGGCACAAGCCAUUGCACAGCAAGAGAAGUUCGACUAUACUGAUGGCGAAGAUUACGAAGACGGGCAGCCACAACAUCAUGAGCUCGCCGGCGUUGAUGAGGUGGAAACAGAGUCGUAG